AAUCACUCGACACAUUUUAAAUUUCACAAACUUCUGCAGCCAAAAUGACUGAAUUACACCAGCCCCUCGAUGGAGAAAAGCUACUUGACGUGCUCAUUAUCGGGGCAGGUAUAUCUGGAAUCAACGCCGCCUACCACCUCCGGACAGAGCUACCACACUAUCGCUUUGCCAUCCUAGAAGCCCGCGAUAAUAUAGGCGGGACCUGGGACCUGUUUCGCUACCCCGGUAUACGGUCCGACUCGGAUCUCUACACAUUUGGCUUCUCCUGGCACAGGUGGAAUCGAUCGAACCCGAUCGCCCAAGGCGCUGAUAUCUUGGAGUACCUCGAUGAUGCGGCCACCACUUAUCGCCUCAAGGACCACAUUCUCUUCAAUCACCGCGUCUCGUCGCUUGAAUGGGCCCAGAAUCAAUGGACAGCUGAGGUCCAACACGCCGGCGCGAACAAGACCAUCCGCGCUCGAUUCAUCAUCUUCGGGACGGGCUACUACGACUACCACCAGCCCCUGACAACGGACAUCCCUGGUCUCGACCAGUUCAAAGGCCAGGUCAUCCACCCGCAGUUUUGGCCCGACUCCCUCGAUUACACCGACAAGCGCAUCGUCGUCAUAGGAAGCGGCGCGACGGCAGUAACACUCAUCCCAAAGCUCGCCGAGCGCGCCGAACUCGUCACAAUGCUCCAACGCAGCCCGACUUACAUCAUCACAGUCCCUAAUCCCUCACUAAACUCCUGGUGGGCGCGACUCCUCCCCAAGUCCUGCGUCUAUUACAUCCGCCGAGUUUUCAGUUUCAUUUUCGGUCAACUUUUCUUCCGAUACUGCCGUGCCUUCCCAGGCUCCGCACGAGCGUUCCUCGAUCGCGGAGCGAGGUCCCAGCUCCCCGCGGAUAUUCCCCUGGACCCGCACUUCAAGCCGCGCUACAACCCUUGGGAACAGCGUCUCUGCGCCUCCCCAGACGGGGACUUUUUCAAGGCCCUCGCGUCCCGCAAGGCAGCUAUCCAAACAGAUACCAUCUCCACAGUCGACGCCCACGGCAUCCGUCUCUCCAGCGGCACUUACCUCCCCGCAGAUAUGAUCGUGACAGCCACGGGCCUCAAACUGCAAAACUGCGGCGGCAUCCCCAUAACAGUCAACGGGAAACCGCUCGACAUUCCCCAGAAAUUCAUGUGGAACGGCCUCAUGCUGCAGGAUCUACCCAACGCGGUCCUAUCCCUCGGAUACAUCAACGCGUCGUGGACGCUCGGCGCUGACGCGUGCAUGCAGCUGACCUGUCGCAUAUUGAAACUGCUCGAGAAGGGCGGACUCACCGCUGUCGUCCCUGUCCGCGACGGGGUGCAGAGGACGGAUGGGAAACCGGCGAUGCGCUUGUUUUCGACGUAUCUGGUGCGCGCGCAGAAGAACAUGCCUAGGACGGCUGCGGCGAGACCUUGGGUUGCGCGGACGGACUAUCUCUCGGAUAUGUAUUUUGGAAGGUUUGGGGAUGUUACUGCUGGGUUGGAGUUUUUAUAAUUGAUAACGUGUGUAUUCAUG